AUGUGUGGCAUCAUUGCUCUGAUCCAGGCGAACCCCUCCUCUGCUGCUGCGGUAGACCUUCACGAGGCUCUCUACCUUCUGCAACAUCGUGGCCAGGAUGCAGCCGGUAUCGCCACCUGCGCACAUGGGGGUCGGAUUUACCAGCUCAAGGCCAAUGGCAUGGCUGCCAAGGUCUUCCAAGAUGGUGCCAAGGUAGCUCACCUGCCUGGACCGAUGGGGAUUGCUCACCUGCGAUACCCGACGGCGGGCAGCAGUGCCGGUGCUGAGGCUCAGCCCUUUUACGUCAACAGUCCCUAUGGCAUCUGCUUUGCCCACAAUGGCAACCUGAUCAAUGCCCUAGAAUUGAAGAAAUACCUGGAUCUUGAAGCCCACCGCCACAUCAAUACCGACAGUGACAGCGAGUUGAUGCUGAACAUCUUUGCGGAUGAGCUGAGUGAGACCAAGAAGGCCCGUGUGAACGAGGAAGACCUGUUUGCUAGCCUGAGCCGCAUGUACAACCGGUGUGAAGGUGGAUGGGCCUGCACUGCUAUGCUGGCUGGCUUCGGUCUGCUGGGCUUCCGGGAUUCCUAUGGUAUCCGACCGUUGGUUCUGGGGUCCCGUCCUUCCUUGGAUGGGCCGGGUAUGGACUACAUGAUGGCAUCAGAAUCUGUUGCCUUGGACCAGUUGGGCUUCACCAACACUCGUGACAUUCAGCCCGGAGAAGCGGUCAUCAUCGAAAAGGGUGGGGAGCCGGUCUUCCGCCAGGUGGCUCCCAAGAAGGACUAUGCUCCGGAUAUCUUUGAAUAUGUCUACUUUGCCAGGCCGGACUCUGUCAUCGAUGGCAUCAGCGUGUACCGCAGCCGUCAACGUAUGGGUGAACGCCUGGGUGCGCGGGUCCUUGACGUCCUCGGCCCUGAGAUUGUGAAGGACAUUGAUGUGGUCAUCCCCAUUCCUGAGACGGCUACCACGUCGGCGACCAACGUGGCACAAUACUUGGAUAAGCCCUACUGCCAUGGGUUUGUCAAGAACCGCUACGUCUUCCGUACCUUCAUUAUGCCUGAGCAGAAGACACGGCAAAAGGGUGUUCGUCGGAAGCUGAACGCCAUGAAGGCCGAAUUCAAGGACCGUAAUGUGUUGUUGGUGGAUGACAGUAUCGUACGUGGCACCACAAGUCGUGAAAUCGUCAGCAUGGCUCGGGAGGCCGGUGCGAAGAAGGUCUACUUUGCCAGUUGCGCACCGGAGAUCACCCACGCCCACAUUUACGGUAUUGACCUUGCUUCGCCGCACGAACUUGUUGCGCACAACCGAAACCCAGACACCAUCGCACAGCACAUUGGUGCGGAGCGCGUCAUCUUCCAGACCCUGGAUGAUCUCAAGGGGGCCUGUGCCGAGAUUGCCCACGAGAACGGCCAGCAAGAACCCCAGAACUUCGAAGUGGGUGUGUUCUGCGGCAGCUACGUGACCCCGGUGCGACAAGGCUACUUUGAACACCUCGAGCAGAUCCGCGGUGAAGGCCGUAAGAUCAAAGCACUUGACAAGGCCAAGGAAGCUGUGGCCCAUGGCUUUGCCAGCGUGACUGAUUUCGAGAUCGCCGCCAACGGUGUCACCAUGGACACCAACGGCAAGAUUAUCCCGGCCUCCGGGUCCUCGGACGCUCCCCAACCCAGCUUGGGCUCGCCAGGGCCAGUCAGUGCUGAGAACCCCAAGGUCGAUGACCGCAUGGACAUCAGCAUCCACAACAUCGCUGACCAUCCAUGA